AAAAUCUUUGGGGGAUCAUACACGUUGCCGCGUAAAAGCGCAUUCGUACGUUGCCGGCGCGCGUGCGACUACCAUCGUUGUGUCGGUGUGUACGUGAUUUUAUGUUUGUUUUUUCAAUACUAUUGUGUUAUUCGUAGUGCGGUUUGAAAUUAAUUUUUUUUUUUAGAUUUUUAAGAUUUAUUAAGAUGUCGAUUUAGAUGUGUUGAUUAUUUUAUAUUAGCUGCUUACCUAAUGGAUAUUAGACCAAUGCAUUCACUCACACUCGGAUCAAACAAAAUGUGGGUGAAAUGGACGUUGAUUAUUAUGAUUGCGUUUUCGACGACAGGCGUAACCGAAGGACACAUCAACAUGACAACUCGACGAGAAUCAACUAUUCCACCUACUGCGGUAGAAAACGACACCGAGUACGACGAAAUGGCUAACUAUACGGAUGAGGAAUAUCGCAAUUACCUAGUCGAAUACGUUACACCCCGAAAAUCCGAAUGGGUAUUUAUAGUCAUGCACUCUAUGGUUUUCGUUGUCGGGCUUAUUGGAAACGCUUUAGUCUGCGUAGCCGUUUACAGGAAUCGAACAAUGCGAACGGUAACGAAUUAUUUUAUCGUUAACUUGGCGGUGGCUGACUUUUUAGUGAUCCUAAUCUGCUUGCCACCAACUGUGGUGUGGGAUGUCACAGAAACAUGGUUCAUGGGCACUAUAGCUUGCAAAUUGGUUUUGUACUUUCAGCAAGCCAAUUGGAAUUAUUUUAAAAGUAAGAAGUGCAACUACACACCCUAAUUCCACUUCCAAAUGACGUCUCUGAAUAAUAUAUAAGGGUACAAGGAUAUAAUAUUUUUUAACUUUUGACUGAACUAAUAAUUAUUAUAA